AUGGCUCACAUCCCCCAGGUUCCGCUGUCCAUCGACGAUUCCCCGCCCGAUUUCACUCCUCUCUCACUCUCUCUUUCCAACCUCUCAAAUAUCAUCCGCACUCGUUCGGCCUGGUGCCGUCCUGAAGUCAAAGAUCUUCCAUUACAAACUCGUCGAUCUAUAUUAGGAAAACUGGCGGGUCCACGGGAAAACGCGAAGCGGUUUCUUCGUUUACGAUCAUCCGGAGUACCGCCCGCCCCGCAACCAGCACCAGUUCCAAGACGUACUCGAGGCCCUCGUCCUGUAUCAGAAAUCAUCGUUUCUCCAAGGACGGUGCCAGAUAACUGGUCCACCUUUGCUGGAGAAAUGCGACCUGAGACCGCUUCUGGUGAGGCACGACCACUCUCCCGGAGAGUAGCCGACCAUCCGACCAUUCCCGAGCAAAUCUCUACUCCAUUUCCUCCUCUUCGUAGUGAGAAAAUCAUUGCGACUGGGAGUGGUUUGAGUGUGGGAAUCGCCUUGACAGAACCUGUCAUAUUUCUCCAGGGCUACGACCAGAAUGACCCUAGUACAAAGAGGUCGGCCAUCUUAAGAGGUCAACUACAUCUCAAAGUCACAAAAUCUGUCAAGAUUAAGAAGAUCUCCAUCUGUUUUCGUGGCCAAGCCCAAACAGACUGGCCAGAUGGAAUUCCCCCCAAAAAGACCAAUUUCCACGAUAAGAAGGACCUCUUCACACAUGGAGUCCUCUAUUUCAACCACGGUGAUACCGCAUUGAUGGACAACAGCUACGGUGCCCACUUUUACCAAUAUGCUAAACCAGCCUCGCCGGGUGUUGGAAAGGACGCGGUAUCUGCGACCACGCGAGAACUAUUCUCCAAGAGUAACUCCUAUAAUUCUUUGUCCAUGACCGGAAGAGAUGCAACCCGCCUUUCUAUGCAACCCGCCCGCGGUCAUUCCCGGAGUUUUAGCAAAAAUGAACCUCCCCUAGGUGCGCAGGCGCAACAGCGGAGCUACCGGAUGUUCCCAGUGGGUGAUUAUUUGUACAGUUUUGAAUUCCCUAUAGACGGGUCUUCACCAGAGACUAUCAAAACCGACUUGGGAUAUGUGCGAUAUGAUCUGGAGGCUAUCGUCGAGCGAUCAGGUGCUUUCCGUCCGAACCUCCUGGGAAACCUGGAAAUCCCUGUCAUACGCACUCCUGCCGAGGGCUCCUUGGAGCAGGUAGAACCCAUUGCCAUCUCCCGGAACUGGGAAGAUCAGCUACACUAUGAUAUAGUUAUUUCCGGGAAAUCGUUCCCGCUGGGUUCGCAGAUCCCGAUUGCGUUCAAGUUGACUCCGCUGGCCAAGGUCGAAUGCCAUCGCAUCAAGGUCUAUGUGACGGAAAACGUCCAACACUGGACCGCCGAUAAAAGCGUGCACCGUCUACAGCCUGCCAAGAAGGUUUUGCUGUUUGAAAAGCGAGCUGAAUCUGCCAGCACCAGCACAUACCCUGGUAGCUCUAUGCGCAUCACCGCUGGUGGUGGCAUCGAUUGGGACCAGCGUGCUGCAGCUGCAAGAGGUGAAGAAGUCGUGGAUCGAAGCCGGACGAACUUGUUGGGUAAUCUCGGAAGUGAAAUCCACGGAGUUGGUCCGACUGAAAUGGAGUUCAAUGUGCAAUUGCCCAGCUGUCAUGAAAUGAAAGGUCGGGACGAAGCUCAUCGUCUACAUUUUGACACCACUUAUGAGAAUAUCCAAAUUAACCACUGGAUCAAGAUUGUGCUCCGUCUUUCCAAAGUCGACGAGAAGGACCGUACUAAGCGCAGACAUUUCGAGAUCUCCAUCGAUUCUCCAUUCCACAUUCUUUCAUGCAUGGCCACACAGGCAAACAUUUAUCUCCCCGCAUAUACCAGACCGGCAAUGGAGCCAGAGCCGCCAACCCAGGAGUUUGAAUGCGGUUGUCCCGGUGCGCCCGUGGCACGAGACCCUCGUCCCAGCGUCGAUCGAGAUGAUUCCUCUUCAACUCUAAAUCACCCGCCAACCCUGAACUCCUCUUCCCGAAGCUUCACAAACGGGUCUGCAGGCCUGGCUCGCCCACCGCAAGCACAUAUAGCCCAUGAACCUAAUGAUCGGGAAGCCGCGGUCGCUCGCCCCAUCCAUCUACUCCGGACGCCGUCGUUCGCCCCACCUGCCUUUGAAGAUCUCCCUCCACCACCUCCUCUCAUGACUCCACCCCCAGACUAUACCUCAAUAGUUGGUAGUGGUGACCGAGAAGAAGUUUUAGAAGACUACUUCUCCCGCCUCUCAUUUUAUGAGGAGAACGACGAUGAAGAUGAUCGGGGGCUAGGCCGUGUCGACGUACCUCUUACUCCAGGUGGCCGUGUCAACCGCAGCAUGGAUGUGCCUCGAGAUUGGGUGCGCAUUGAUGAUUUCACCUUCCCAUGA